UCUGAAUUAGUUCAUUAUUUUGAAAUUAAAUCGCGGCUUGCACAAAGAAAAAGAUUUACUUAUAUAAAUCCAGCUGAUACCGUCUCAGCACUUGUUUAUACAACAAAUCUAAACACUCAUCAAAAUCAAAGAAAAUGGUCUAUGAAUCAUCGUAUGGCACUGGGCAAAAGCCCUUCUCACCCGAUCUGCAGCGUGGAACUUGGGAAAAGCCGUCCGAUUUUUUAUAUGCCUGUUUCGGAUUGGCCUUCAAAAUGGAUAUUCUAGUGGCUUCGCAUUGGUACUUCUUCGAUAUGGGCAUUAUUGGAAUAUUGCCGUUUUACAUGUAUAUGGUUAUAUAUCUAGUCCCAAUAUUAGUAAUACAUUCGUUUAUGGGACAAUUCUCUAGCAGUGGCUAUAUCUCAGCCUUCCGUUUGUCUCCCUUUUUCAAAGGCAUGGGCUAUGUCAGUUGUGUUCUGAGUAUAGCCGUCCUUAUAUACUAUGGGGUUUUUGCCGCUAUACCCAUUUAUUUUAUGGCGAACUCAUUUCGACCCACAUUGCCCUGGAGUUGCGACGGGAUGAAGUCCUGGUAUAACGAGUCGGAUAAGGAAUCAACCGUUUGUAACUUAACAUUAACUAAGGACGAAGUACUCGAGAAUGAGAAUGAACCUGAAUUUUUCCUCAAGAUACUUCAAGUUCCGUCAGUUCUCUUUUUCCAAGACCACUUUCUAAGUGAAAUGGAUUCGCAUGUUCCUGAUUAUGAAUUGGACUACAAAAUGUCUUGGAUUUUGCUUACAUUAUUUGUUGUUGUUUGGGCAUUGAUUGCUUUAAUAUUUUACAAAUUCUCUGAUGUUGCGAAGUUCGGAAAGUUGAUCCGUUUUAUGGUGAUUGGGACGCUUGGCCUCUUAGUCAUUUGUUUCGUGCGAUUCCUCUUUUUGCCUGGGGCACUGAAAGGAUUAUUCACUUAUGUCACACCAAAGGAUCCUGUGGAACAGUUAAUUAUGGGUCUCGGAUCCACUUUCAUAAUGGUUCUACAAGCCUUUGGAGCCGGCUGGGGUAGUGUUAUAGCAUUAUCCAGUUUUAAUGGAUUCAAGACGAACAUCAUGUCCUACAGUUGGAUCACCGCCUUUGGUCAAGUGCUUAUCUACAUAUUGUUUGGCAUGGUUUCCUUUAUGUUAGAGCAUCACUUUAAGGAGGUUACAUCUGCUUCUUAUGACACCCAUGUGGUAACCUAUUGGUUGUUAUAUUUGUCAAGUGCCAGCGCCAUGGCUGGAAUGCAUUGGGCCAAUCUUUGGACCUUUAUUUACUACACUAUGUUAUUAAUGGCUGCUUUAAUAGUGAUGACAACACAAAUCUUUACCAUUCUUCAGACAUUGUUUGAUGAAUUUGAGGCUUUGAGACUCAAAAGACAAGAGGUUACCUUUGGCUUCAUUGGAGGUCUUGCCGUUUGUUCCUUUUUAUUUUGCACAAAUCAUGGAAUUAUUUUCUUUAGCACAAUAACCAUGGAUACAAUUUUCUCACAUAACGUGCUGCACUUACUUCUGCUCUUGGUGAUUUUGUGGAUUUAUGGACGAGUGCGAUUCCAGAGGGAUAUAGAAUUCAUGUUGGGUCAACCUUUUGCCAACUGGAAGGUGUUUAUAUUGCGCUUUAUUUCUCCGCUUAUAUUGAUAAUUUCCCUGCUCGUUGGAAUAUUUAUGUCCAUAAUGGAGCAUGCCUUCACGUCCGCCUUGUUUGAGGCCAUAUCCAUUAUACUUGUGGUUAUUCCUAUUUUAGCCAUACCAGGUUAUGGAUUUUAUUACCUCUACCAGAGCAAUGGCACAUUUAGCGAGCGUUUUAAACGCGCCUGUCGACCCACCGACUGGUAUCCUGUAGAGCUGGAGCAUCGCCAGCAGUACGAAUUGGCUGUGGGAAACACAGAGAUGACCCAACAACUGGUUACCGAAGAAGUUAACUAAUUCUUAUUUUAAUGAAUAAAACUAGAGUUUUUUGUAUUAAAAAAUAUAUUGUUUUUAUAUACAAAAGUAUGAAAUUGUACUUUGAAUUAAAGGGAUAGAAAAAUAUGUGUAUGUAUUGAAAAAAUAUUAUA